AUGGCUUCACAGAUUCCUACUCAUCACGUAAAACAGAAUGUGUGUGCAACAAGACCACCAUAUCGAGAUGGAAGGCAGCCGAAAGCAGUGAAGGUUUACACAGUCAACAAUGAAUCCAGCUACAUACUGAUACAAGGAGUGCCUAGUGUUGGUGCCACACAAGAACUGCACAAACUGUGUUCAAACUUUGGAUUGGUCGACAAGUUUAAUGCACUGGAUGAUUAUCCAAGUGAGGACAAGUAUAGUGAAGUGUACCUUGUCAGAUACAAGAAAAUACAGUCUGCUCGAUUUGCUAAAAGAAAGCUGGAUGACCAUUCAUUUUUUGGUGGGGCUCUCCAUGUGUGCUAUGCUCCAGAGUAUGAAUCCGUGGCAGAGACUCGAGAAAAAUUGCAGGAGCGGCAGAGAGUUGUAGCAGCAAAGAUCAGACAGCAUGAAUCCAUCAAUGCUUAUAAACUACAUUAUCUAUUCAAUUUAGCUGCGAAUGCCGGAAGACCACCACCAUUGGCAGCUGAAACUCAGGUUUCACAGUGGCCGACGAAUGUCAGUUUGAAGAAUACUUCACAUCAUAUGCCUACUGCACAGGAACCAAAACAGCUUGAAGGACAACACUUACAUUUGGAAUCCUCAGUUGUUCAUUCUACUCCAGGAAAAUUUGACUUUGUACCAGAAACUAGUGCAGAAAUUAGCAGUCCAGCAAACACUGGUUAUGUGACACCUCAUAUUCAGCCGACAUUUGAACUACCACUGCCUCCGGUGUCCAGCCUGAUCCCACAACCUCACAAGAAUAUGGCAAGGACUACAUAUGAAUUCUCUAGAGUGCGAUCUGCACAUGCAACAUUACCUGUUGGAUUUGAUGCCCGUGUGAAUCCUCCCUUGAAUCAGUUUUUGCAGCUUGAAAACAGGGUUGGCACUGAAGUCAACAAACAGGCAUCUUCUGAAUCUCCUUCAAAUACUACAGUCUCUAAUUCUGGUAUUGUAAUAAAGAACUACCAACCAGCCAAAGUUCCACCAAGAUUUGUGCCCAGACAGGCACUGGCAGCCUCAGGAGAGAGAGCAAAAGGUGAAACACUGACCCGCAAAAAGACAGAUAAGUUGGAUCAGGAUAUUAGAAGGAAUGCCUUUUGUCUUGGUGAGACUCAAGGUCCUGCUGUGGUCCCUCAGAGAAAGAGGCCUUUGCCAACGGCUGCACAACUGUCUGUGAAUGAGACAAUCAUGGAGAUUCGUAACAAGAUCUCCAGGGUCAUUACACAGAAUGUGAAGAAACAGGAGGACCCAGCGAGACCAAACUUGUGA